AUGACGAAAGGCAAGGGGAAAGAAAAGCGAAUCCCUGUCGCACUACAUAGUGAACUGACCGAGUACUCUUCACUGUUACGGGCCUUACGAACUGAGAGUACAUUGGACGUCAGCAGCCAGAUCUCUAAACACUUCCGGUCCACUCCCGCCAUUGUGGAGAACGAUGAGGAUGACUCUGAAGACGAAGACGAAGAAGAGUCACGUUCGACGUCGCCCGUAGCAGGUCCCAGUUCAUCUCUAACCGCGACUCUAAAACGCAAACGCAGAGAUGCUGGUGCAUCGUCUCCGACCCCAACACCUGCACCCAGAAAGAAGAAGAAAAAGCAGAAGCAAGCCGAUAUAUGGACGAAAUGGCCACUGCUGCCGGAAGAUCUGGCUCAACCGCAGUGGGGAUUGGAAGAUGAGAUUUCCGUCAUGGUGUCGCAGCUUCAGAAGGAGAACCAGUCCGGGGGUGACGAAGAGGAAGGGGAAGAAGAUACUGACGAAGACCGGGAAUACCUACCACAUCUGCAUCUCUCAACGUCUAAUUGCCUUGAGGCCAUCCUUGCGACUAUUGCUGCUCAUACUCCUCUCCGAGCUGACAGCAUGCAGAAUAGGCUGAAUCCCAUCGAUUGGCGAUUUGUUUUGAAUGUGUUGGUCAGCCAGGAAAUUGUUCAUCCCAAGGUUAUCGAGCGAGCGGAAACGCGUCUACGGGCUAUGUACGAUGCCAAUGGCACUGUACCAUUGCACGCGAGUCAUCGCGCUCAGCAGACAAUUAACUCGCGGAACAAGUUAGCUGAUCUUCUCGGGCCAUAUGACGCUAGCCUUUUCACUCUAGCCGAACGCCCUUCGACGCCUGAAGUCGAGCCCGAACCAACUAAGCGUCAGGAUAGAACGAAACAGAAGGAAAAGAGAAGAAAACGCGUAUCAAGAGUGCCGCGUCGGAAGAAAACCACUCGAAAACAUUUGGAAUCAACGUAA